AUGGCGCAAACAACUUCUUUCGCUCUCGUAGCCGGCUGUAGCAGUGGCAUUGGAAAAGCGCUCGCAGUAGCGUUCGCAGCCCAAGGAGUCACCGUUCUUGCGACCGCCCGACGUGUCGAAUACCUCAAGGAGCUAACAAGCGAGCACGAGAAUAUCGAAGCUUUUGAACUGGAGCUCAGCAGUCCAGAGAGUAUUGCCAAGCUGAAGGAUGCGGUAUCCGAGCGCACCGAUGGCCGGUUAGAUUUCCUGGUCAACAAUGCAGGAACGCAUUACGCAUCCACCGCAAUGGACCUUGAGAUCGAAGAGGUUGAGAAAGUGUUUCAAGUCAAUCUCUUUGCUGUCAUGCGCCUUUGCCAGAUCUUCAUUCCGCUUCUCCGCAACUCACCUCGCGGACGUAUUGUGCAGCUUGGAAGCGUGACAAGGAACGUGCCCAUGGUCUGGCAGGCGCCUUAUAAUGCCUCCAAGGCGGCCCUCAGUCAGUAUUCCAAGACACUCCGCUUGGAGGUCAAGCCUUUUGGAAUAGAGGUCAUUGAGCUUGUCACCGGCUUCGUGCAGAGUAACAUUCUACACCAUGGAAUGCAUGCUCCCGAGACGUCCCUCUAUCUCCCACUCAAGAAGACCAUCGAGGAGAUCAAGUACGAAGGCAACGCAAAUGGCAUGCCGGCAGAUGCUUAUGCGAGAUCCGUGGUUGCGAAGCUGGUGAAGCCACAGGUCAGUGCUGAAAUAUGGGAAGGCGUUCACGCGCGCACUCUUCGAUUACUCGUUACCAUUUUACCACUGCGGCUAUUUCUCGUUGUUUCCUCCCCAAAUAUUCGGCACAUACAAUCUUCCCAGCUUGCAGAUCGCCUUAAGAAGAACUUCGUAUAA